UAACCGCCCGUCUAGUUCUCAAUGUUGGUCACAUGACGUUUGACUGGGUGCUUCCUGAUAACAAACGCACCCUUCUCACUUCAUAGACAGACAUGGCUACCACGGAAGUGGAGCGUAGACGUGGCCAGCUGGCCUCUCUGUCCAUAGCAGCGGUGGUCAUCAUCGUGGGAGCCCCUCUGUGGUGGAGAACAACUGAAACUUACCGCGCCUGGUUGCCUGUCAGUCAGAUAAAUGAGUUGGCCAAUCUGCAGCUACAGUUGAGUGCUGAUGUGGAGGUUGUGUUUGCACGUGGAACGGUGACGCCUGAGCAGCAGAAGAAGGUCCCGCUGACAAAGACACAGGAUGAAGAACACACAGUGGAUGAGGACACAGCUUUGCGGUACAGGUAUGAGACAAAGUACCGCACAGCUAAUAUCAUGGAGGAGGAUGCACUGAACCAGUCCUCUGCUGCAGACGCAGAUCUUUCUCUGCACACCCUCAGUGAGAGCCUGUGUGGCUCUUUGGUUGUGUACGUGAUCCCAGAAUCAUCUUCACUGCUGCCUGAGGAUGUGGACGUGUAUAUUGGUCAGAGACGGACAGCCCUGCUGCGUAACGGUGCCCAGAUGAGAGUGGGAAGGACGAUAGAGCAAUUGCUGGCUCACCUGGAGCCACGGAUAAGGCAGGUGCUGAAGGUGAUGUCUUUUAGCCACACGGACAUCACCGCGGCCCUCAGCGGCAGAGUCCGUCUCAGCCCUGGCAACAAAGAGAGCAUCGCUGACAGCAUGAGGGCCUUUAAAUCCAGCCCAGGUUAUGAGAUAACCUUCAGUCUGUUGAACCCAGACCCAAAGUCACACCGGCUACACUGGGACAUAGAGGGGGCCGUGCAGACCUACAUCCAACCUCUGCUCACAAAACUGGCCCCUGUGGCCAAUUUUAGCAUUGACUCUCAGACAUUAUACUAUGCCAUGCUCGGUGUCAACCCACGAUUUGACAGCAGCCGCAACGCCUACACACUCAACUCUGACAGCCUGGCUCAUGUCAUCAACCCUGUGGAGGCUAGACUGGGCUCAAAUGCUGCAUCUUCAAACCCGGUGUUGAAUUUUCUUCUGUACGCCCCGGAUGCCCAGCAUUCCCCCCUUUACAUUCAAGACUGCCAGAAACAGAAAGUGCCUUCUAACGCGUUUCACUCUCCACGUUGGGGUGGAAUUAUGGUUUAUAAUGUUAAUAGUGUCUACGGACCAGAGGCUGUGUUCCCUGUUGACAUCAACAUCGACAUGGCCAAAGUCAUGGGAGUCUUCCUUGCACAGCUGAGACUGUUGCUGGGUGUGCAGUCGUCUACCGCUCCGCCUGGCUUCCUGGUGGCUCCGUGCAGCAGCACAGGUCUAGCUGAUUGGGAGCUGGACCGCCUCAUGUGGAGUCGGAGUGUGGAAAAUGUGGCGACAGCAGCCACCACCAUCACCUCACUGGCACAGCUCCUGGACCAGAUAGGCAACAUUGUUAUCAAUGACAACAUUGCUGAACAGGUGUCGAGUGCCGUCACGUCUCUGCAGCUGGCUGUGGCUGAGCUGGAGGCCGGGAACCUGGGCUUUGCUCUGCAGUACAGUAAAGAGGCCAUCUUGGCAUCAGAGCGGGCAUUCUUUGAUCCGUCGCUGCUCCACCUCCUCUACUUUCCUGACGACCAGAAGUUUGCUAUCUACAUACCUCUCUUCCUGCCCAUGUGUGUGCCAAUCCUGCUGUCACUGCUCAAAAUAAUCUCUGAUGCUAGACAGAGACGCAAAGAGAGACAAGCCAAGAAGGACUGAGAAACACUUGUGAUGAACAUGUGAAGAAAAAACAUGUUAAGAAUGAUCAUUUUGUCGAGGGACAUCACAUUUAGGUACAAAGGUUUGCAUGAAGAAAGACUCUUUACAGAAUUGGGGUGUGGAAUGUACAAAACCAGUAUGUAAUAUUAAUGAUUGGCUGCCAUGUUUGUGUGACACUGUAUACUGGGAAGCUUGAAUUGUUGAAAAUGUUUUUUAUAUUUGAAUUCCACUGUUUAUUCUAAGUUAUUAACAAAUAAAGAUUUAAGUUGUAA